ACACUGAAACAGUGUGCAUGCUAGUACCCAGCAUAAUAGAAGAAGAAAGUUUCAAUGGCGCGCUGUUGGAUUACCUGAAAAUGAACACGUUGAGACGAUAUAAAUGCAAGUAUAUAGACCGCUCUAACAAUUGAACAUAACACGUGGUGUAUUGACGUAGAAAAAAAAUGUUAAUUCUUAAACGAGUUUCGGGCCGAGUGCUUCAGUACACCGCCCUCCCUUUCGGCUUCUUGUCAGCCUGUCAUCGCUCCAGCUCCCGCAGGGCGCCGAGUCCAUACAGCUGCGUGGACAGUGACCGGUACUCUUCUCUCGUUAAGUCUGUCACGUCUGUGAGGGUCACUGCUCAGACACCGGAGACAAUUCAAGAACAGGACGAGCACAUGUUCGGACCCGUCGUCAAAGCUUCGUCAAGACCAGAGACGAGGCUCCUUCAGAUAAUGCACCCGUUCUCACACCGUGAGGACACUCCAGAAGCAGAGGAUCUCGAGUCAGGACCUCCAUUAAGGAUUGUAUUAAAUCGGGAUCAAGGCAGGUCGUCAGUGCCAAGUGUGACGAGGGUUCUUCAGGCGACACUUUCAUCAGAGCAGCUCUUCUACCUGGAGAGAUGGAAGAGGAGGAUGGUGGCAGAGCUGGGCGAGGAAGGCUUUAAAGAAUACUCUAAAAACUUGUUUAGGAAAGGAAAACUGUUCCAUUCUGCUGUGGAAGAAGUUCUGAUGUCUGGUGGGACUCUGAAAGACAAACAACAUGAACUACAUCCACCGGAGGUGUUGGGAUACAUAGAGAGCAUAUCUCACAUACUGGAAGACGUCGGUGCUGUAAGAGUGAUCGAGAGCGCUGUGCAACAUGAUGCUCUUAACUAUUUGGGAGUAGUGGACUGUGUGGCACGCUACAGAGGGGUUCUUUGUGUUAUUGACUGGAAGACUUCAGAGAAGCCAAAACCAUUGCUGGGCAACACAUACGACAAUCCCAUUCAAGUGGCGGCCUAUGCAGGAGCCUUGAACAAUGAUGGCAACUACAAAUACCAGGUGGAAAAUGGCCUCAUUGUUGUUGCUUAUAAGGAUGGCUCACCAGCACAUGCACACAACCUGAACACUGAGCUGAUGUCAGAAUAUUGGGAAAAAUGGUUGAUUCGCCUGGAAGGGUAUAGAGAAAAGAGAUUGAGUGAAGUCUCUUCUGCUUCUUCGGAGAGAAAGUGACAUCCAUGGACAAGUCCAUUUUUUAGGGUGUUGAACAAAAAUUCAAUCAUAAUAACCAAUUUUAAUUGUUGGCCCCAUUUUUCUCUACACUUUUAGAUGAAUGGCAAACACAUACUUCUUUAAAGACUUUUCACAUUUUUAAAAUUGAAAAAUGUUUUACCGGUAGAUAUUAUCCCAAUAAUGUGGCAUAAGGAACAUAAUUAUGUCUAAAUACUCAUAGAGUAACACAUGUAACAUAACUUCCUAAUGCUUAUUGUGCCUUUUUUGUUCAAAGAUUCAAUUAACCUUGACCGAGGAGAGAUUGUAACAAAGCAAUAGCCCUGUAAACAUCAAUAAGGUUUUAAAACUACAAUAAAUGGUUGUUAUUUC